UGAAUAUGGAGUUAGAGCAUCAUCAGGGGCGCAAGUUGCUUCAAAGUGAUGGAAUUGUUGCAAGUACAUCAUUCAUUUCAUCUCUUCCAUUGAAGCUAUUCUUUCCCUCUAGGUUUUCAACGAGGAAAAUGUUGAGAUUUUCCUCGUUUUCACUGCCACGCUUCUUGGAGAGUCUAGAUUUAAGUGGAACUCCAAUUCGUUUUCUUCCAGAAAGCAUCAAGGAUCUUGGUCUACUCAGAGCCCUAUAUUUAAGAAAUUGCAAAAUGCUUCAGGCACUCCCAAAGCUUCCAUCCCAUUUGGAUUUGUUAGAUGUGUCCCUUUGCCAUUCACUGCAAGGACUUGCAAAUCCAAACAUUUGGACUGAAGGAAAUGGUUUUGAUCACUUAGUCGAGUUCCAAGAUCGGAUAAAGCAAGAAUUAAUCCAAAAGUUAGACUCUCACAUGUUCAGAAUAAUGGAAACGGUUAGUGCUCAAAUACAGCCAUCGAGAUUUCAGAUAACAUUAAUGGAUGGCAUAUUCAACGUUGUCGUAUCUGUGUUUGAUAAAGAUGAGAUGUUAAGGGGGUUUAAUAAGGAGGAAGAAGAGGAUAAAUGGCUAAUUCAGAAUGAGUUUGUAGAUAACUUUUCAUUCAAAAUAUCCUCACCGCCUCCUGGGCACCGGAUAUGUGGCUUUAAUCUGUUCAUAAGUUGUGUGACGUCAGCAUACCGUGGCUUUAGGAAUGUUUAUAUUGAAAUCAGAAACAAUACCAGUGGUCGAUCCUUGCUUCGUCAAGCCUUUGUCUUCGCUAUGGUAUACAAGCGUGGUGUUCGUGAAACCCAAUCGCUAAGCCACAUGAAAUUAGGGGUCGGUGAUCCUACCUUUGAUAAUGGUGUUGACGUGAGUAUUUCGGUGCUGCUACUUGGUCCAGGUAUCCAAAUAAGGACCGUUGGCGUGCAAUGGUUGGAUGAAGAGGAAGGAAAUGAUAUCCAAUCAAAGGAUGGUGAUGCACACGUAGCCAGAUUAGAAAUAGCUUCUCGUAUUUUUAGAAAUUAUUAUUGUGGUUACCAUUUUAAAUACAGUCCUCGCAAUACGGGUCGGUGGUAUUUUGCAAAGAAAGGUCUAGAAAUUGUUAGUGGAUAUUAUUUUAUUAAUUAA